UGAUCAAACCGAAGAUGAUAAGAACAAGGCAUAUAUUUAUGUUCAUGUUGGUUUGAUCAAAGAUGAGCAAGGAAAAUAUGAAGAAGCACUUACAUUCUAUGAACAAUCACUUGCUAUCAAUCAAAAAACUCUUUCUCCCAAUGAUCCGGAGUUGGCUAAAUCCUACGGUAACAUUGGUAUAGUGCAUAGACACAUGGGUAAUUAUCCAAAAGCACUUUCUUAUUAUGAAAAAGCCCUUGAAAUUCAACAGCAAUCACUUCCAUCCAAUCAUCCUGAUUUGGCUAUAUCCUACAACAACAUUGGUUUAGUGCAUUACAGUAUGGGUAAUUACCCGAAAGCACUUUCAUCUCAUGAAAAAGCCCUUGAAAUUCGACAACAAUCACUUCCUCCCAAUCAUCCUGAUUUGGCUAAGUCUUAUAACAACAUUGGUAGUCUGCACGCCAGCAUGCGUAAUUUUCCAAAAGCACUUUCUUAUUUUGAGAAAGCCCUUCAAAUUGAUCAACAAUCACUUCCUCCCAAUCAUCCUGAUUUGGCUAUGUCCUACAAUAACAUUGGUUUAGUGCAUAACAACAUGAGUAAUUAUCCAAAAGCCCGUACAUUUUUUGAACGUGCUAUACAAAUUGGAGAACAAUCAUUAUCUUCAAAUCAUCCUGAUCUUCAAGGUUAUAGAAAUAACUUCGAACGUGUAAAAAACAAAUAA